AUGGCCUUUUUACCUUCCAAGGACGAGAAAUGUUUGUUUUGCUCCAUGUCAGAGUCGACGUCGGAGGACGUAGAUUGGGUCCAAUGCGGAAAGUGUGAAAAUUGGGCUCAUUUUUCUUGCGCGGGUGUUGACCAGGAGGUAGCGAAAUCCAAUUGGUAUUGCCCACAGUGUGUCCCAACGAGUGUUCAGCAGUUGAAGAUUCCAGACGCAGGAGGCAAGAAGCGAGGUAGCAAGAAGUCCGGCCAAAAGAGCGAUGGAGGGUCUGAUCAGGGAGCUGGUUCCGAUGUUGAUCCAGUUGAAAAGCAGUUGGAAGAGGAACAGUUAGCCAAGGUGAAGGCCUUUGCGAAGCAAAUGGAAGUGCGGAAGAAGUUACUCGCUCGGCAGAAGGCUUGGAACGAAGAAAAGCUGAAGCAGGAACGGGAGAUGCUUGAACUGGAAUCCCAGGCCCGGCGAGAAAUAGAGAUGCAGCAGUUGGACUACGAGCAGAGAAUGUUGCAGGCUCAACUGGCUGCGGAGCAGAAGUUUUUGAAGGAACGGGAGGCAAUCCGGCUGCAGGUCAACAGCAGCAUCAAUAGAAUUAAAGCGCUGAAGGAUCAAUAUGGCGCUGUUGGUGGAUCUUCGAAGGACGGUCCGGAGCAGAAAAGGCAGCCGGAGCAGAAAGGGCAGCUGGAGUUGCAGAAACAGAAGAAGAUAGCCGAAAAGCCAGCGGGUACGGAUUCUCGAGGAGCGUACCCGAAAAGGGAGGACCGACAUGGAAUGGAGUCGGGUUCUAGAAAAACCGAUAAGCAGAAGAAGAUGAAGGAGGUGCCUGCUAAAGAUCGGGAGGCCGAAUCAAGUGAUGAGGGCCAAAUCCGCGACUCGUCGGAAGACCGUGCGAGCAGCGACUAUUCAGAAGAUUGUGGAAGCAGCGACUCGUCGGAAGAUCGUGCGAGCAGCAAGCGACCUGGCAGUGUGCGUGGUAACGGAGCUGGUGACGGGUCGGGGCGAACCGGCGGUCGAAUCUCGAGGGAUCAGCUGGCCGCUAGAAAAGCGAUUUCGCAUCACCUUCCAAAAUUUCGUGGAGAACCGGAAGUUUGGCCGCUGUUUAUUAGCAGCUUCGAAUAUACGACGGAAGCAUGUGGGUUCUCAAACCUGGAGAACUUGAAGCGACUGCAGGACUGUUUGCAAGGUGACGCGCUCGAAGCAGUGAGGAGUCGGCUCGUUCUGCCGAAUUCCGUUCCGAACGUGAUUUGUGACCUACGGAAUCUAUUCGGAAGGCCGGAGAAGCUGCUGAAGUCGCUGCUGACGAAAGUGAGGAACGCUCCAGCGCCGAGAGCUGAUCGACUGGAGAUGUUUGUUAGAUUUGGGAUUACGGUGAAGCAGUUGUGCGACCAUCUUGAGGCUGCGCGACUCAACGAUCAUCUUAAUAACCCGAUGCUGGUACAGGAGUUGGUUGACAAGUUACCACCGAGUUACAAACUGGAUUGGGUGCGGUACAAGCGAGGAAAGGAAGAUAGUCCGCUGAGGAUGUUCACGGAUUUCAUGACUGAAAUAGUAUCCGACGUGUCCGAGGUGACGGAGUUUUCUACGCUGUCGGUGAACGAGCGAGCGUCGCAUGGGCGAGAGAAUCCUAGAAAGAAGGAGUUUGUGCAUGUGCACGACUCUGAGCAGAAGCAGAGCGAAGAACUACGCAGAGAGGUGGUCAGCCGUCCUUGCUGGAUUUGUAAACGGACGGAUCACAUGAUCAAGAGCUGCGAAGAGUUCAAGCAGAUGAACAUUGCGCAACGACUAAGGGAAGUGGACAAGCAGAAACUGUGUGGAGUCUGUCUUAACAAGCACGGUGGAAAUCGUUGUUUUUCGAAAAUCCGGUAUAUGGCGCGGAACUGCCAAGGCAAUCACCAUCCUCUAUUACAUCGGGUGGAAGAAUCUGUUCAAUUGCAGAAAGCCAAAUCAGACUGCACGGUGAUUUUCCGGAUGAUGUCGGUGACGCUAUAUGUCGGUAAGCGACAGUACGACACUGUUGCAUUUCUGGACGAAGGGUCGUCUGCUACGUUGGUGGACGAUGGGGUGGCCAAACGGCUGAAGGCAGAAGGAACGCUUGAACCACUGAUAGUCACGUGGACCGGAAACAUCAACCGUUUUGAGAACGAAUCGCGUAGUGUAGAGAUGAUGAUGUCGGCGAAGGGCUCCAAGGAGAAGUUUUCGUUGUUCAACACACGAACGGUGUCCGAGUUGCAGUUGCCACAACAGAAUGUACGAUACGCUGAGAUGGUGAACCGUUAUCCGCAUCUUAUUGGAGUGCCGGUGAGAGAUUUUCCGUCUGGACUUCCAACGAUUCUAAUCGGAUUGGACAAUCUCCAUCUGUUCGCGCCGUUGGAGUCACGGGUCGGGGAACCGAACGAACCAAUCGCUGUGCGGUCGAAAAUCGGAUGGACGAUUUACGGAUCGGAGAAACGGAAGCCGCGUGUCCAUACUUACCUGAAUCUGCAUUGUGUCACACCAGUGAGUAACCAGGAACUGCAUGACAUGAUCCGAAAUCAGUACGUGCUGGGUGAAACUGCAGCAGCAUCAUACGCACCCCCAGAACCAAUUGAGGAGAAAAGGGCUCGCGAGAUCCUUCAAGCGACGACAAAAAGGGUAGGUAAUCGUUUCGAAACGGGCCUAUUGUGGCGUGAAGAUGAACGGCGAUUUCCGGACAGCUACCCGAUGGCCGUUCGAAGGAUGCGAGCGCUUGAGCGAAAGCUUGAGAAAGAUCCUGCGUUGAAACAGAAGGUAUGUCAGCAGAUUGAGGACUAUCAGACCAAGGGCUAUGCACACAAGAUAACUGCAGAAGAACUAGCAGAUACUCCAAGCUCGGUGGUGUGGUAUCUUCCGUUGAAUGUGGUGCUAAAUCCGAAGAAACCUGGUAAAGUGCGCAUGGUGUGGGAUGCGGCUGCAUCAGUUGGAGGAGUGUCGUUGAACUCGGAAUUGGUGAAAGGUCCGGACAUGUUGGUUCCCCUUCCGAAAGUUGUUUGCUGUUUCCGGGAAGGUCGAAUUGCAUUCGGAGGCGACAUUCAGGAAAUGUACCACCAGAUGAAUAUUCGGUGUGAAGACAAGCAAGCACUACGAUUUCUGUUCGGGACGGAUGAAAGUGGAGCACCUCAAGGAUACGUGAUGGACGUGGCAACGUUUGGCGCCACGUGUUCGCCUUGCUCCGCCCAAUAUGUAAAAAAUCUGAACGCGGGACAGUUCGCAGAGCAGUAUCCAGAAGCAGCGGCAGCGAUCAUUAAGAAACAUUAUGUGGACGAUUACUAUGACAGCGUAGAUACCGUCGAAGAAGCGAUACGAAGGGCCAAGGAGGUGAAGUACAUCCACUCGCAGGGUGGAUUCCAUAUACGAAACUGGGUGUCUAACUCGGAGGCAUUCCUAGAGGAACUCAAAGAUCGCAGUGCAAAUGGAGCAGUUCAUUUUUCCCGGGAUAAAGACGCCGAGUAUGAGCAUGUGCUGGGCAUAGUUUGGAAGCCGAUGGAAGACGUAUUCUGUUUCGCAACUAUGUCGAAAGCGGAAUCCUUUAUGGUUAUCGGUGGCGAAGAGUAUCCUACGAAGCGGAUUAUCCUCAGUUACGUGAUGGCGCAAUUCGACCCAGUGGGAUUCCUCACUCCGGUUACUAUACUUGGAAAAAUGCUGAUCCAAGAUCUCUGGCAGACCGGCUGUGAUUGGGAUACGAAAAUCAAUCAGAUUUCCUUCGAAAAAUGGCGGCGAUGGAUACAAAUGAUGAAGAACAUCGGAUCGUUCCAGCUACCGCGGAGUUAUUUCGGAAAUGCCAGAUCAGAUGAAGUUACGGACAUACAGCUGCAUGUAUUCGCUGAUGCAGGCGAGGCGGCGUACGGAAGCGUGGCGUAUUUUCGGGCAACUGUACGAGGUAAAGUGCAGUUUGCGCUGGUCAUGAGUCGUGCCAAAGUGGCACCGUUAAAACAGAUCUCAAUACCGCGACUGGAGCUUCUAGCGGCCGUUUUAGGAGCACGUCUAUCACGAAUGGUGUUCGAGAGUCAUAGCUUUACAAUUGACCGGGUGGUGUAUCGGAUCGACGCAAACGUAGUGCUCUCAUGGAUUCGAUCUGACCAGCGAAGGUAUAAACAGUUCGUCGGGUUUCGGAUCGGCGAGAUACUCAGCCUAACGAAGUUGACGGACUGGCGUUGGGUGCCGUCAAGACUAAACGUGGCAGACCAACUAACGAAGUGGGGCAAGGAACCCGAAAUGCAUACUGACAGCACGUGGGCGCGAGGACCAGCGUUUUUGUACAAGAGUGAGCAGGAGUGGCCAGAAAAGGAAAUGCCACCAGCGAACACGAUGGAGGAGCUCCGGAUUCACCUCCUAUUACAUGACGUGAAGGUGCCUGCGGUUUUUGUGGACGUAAACCGUUUCUCGAAGUGGACAGUGUUGGUCCGAACGAUGGCGUGCGUGUUCCGUUUCGUGUCGAACUGUAAGCGAAGGAUUGAAAAGCUGCCGAUUGAGACGCUAAGAGCGACAAGCGGACAAAAGAAAGCACGGAAGUCGAGAACCAUUGCAUCGGUCAGAGUUCCGUUGCAGCAAAAGGAGUACGAGAAAGCGGAGCAGUGUCUGCUGAAAGUGGCGCAGUCGGAGAGCUUCAUCGACGAACUGAAAGUGUUAACGAGAAACAAGGAUCGUCCGGUGAGCCAGUGGAUGACUAUCGAAAAGUCUAGUCCGCUAUACAAGCUGACUCCGCUGAUCGACGAGAAUGGACUGAUCCGGAUGGAGGGUAGAGUGGAGCGAGCGGAAUUUCUGCCAUUCGAUCUGCGAUUUCCGGUGAUUCUGCCGGAUGACCAUCGGAUCACGAGGCUGAUAGUUCAGCACUACCAUGAGAAGAGUGCCCACGGGUACCGUCAAGCAGUGAAGAACGAGUUGCGGCAGAUGUGUUACAUCCCGCACAUAGAUGCAGUAGUCAGGAAGGUAUCAGCGUCCUGCGUAUGGUGCAAGGUGAAUCGUUGUCGUCCUGAAGUUCCUAGGAUGGCUCCGCUGCCAGUACAGCGGGUCACACCGAAUCUACGUGCUUUCAGCUACGUCGGGGUCGAUUAUAUGGGACCGUUCGAUGUGACCGUAGGACGUAGAUCAGAGAAGAGGUGGAUUGCGCUGUUUACCUGUAUGGUAACACGUGCGGUUCAUUUGGAAGUGGCACAUGGGCUGACCACCCAGUCGUGUUUGAUGGCGAUAUAUCGGUUUAUUGGUCGCCGGGGCUGGCCGAUCGAAUUCUUCUCGGACAACGGGACAAACCUACGUGGAGCUAGUAAGGAAGUGGUGGAGGCUGUACAGGGCAUUAGAGAUGACUGUGCAGACCAAGGUUGCAAAGACUCAUUUCAGCUGAAAUAA